UUGGUGUCCCACUUUUAAUGCAAUUUUCUGAUAGCUUUGGGAAUAGGAUCUUGUAUCUAGUAAGGGUGAACAACCAAUUUGGGAAUGGAAAGAAGUGCCAAAGUGACUUUACCCACUGCACACUGGAAACAUGGAGUACCAAAAGCUACUGUGUGUCCAAUGACUUACCAAGAGUCUUUUGUGUCUGACUUGGAUGAGUCAAGCGGUGAAAUUCAGACUUCUUCUCCUGACAUCUCCCAGUCAGCCCAUCAGUCCAGUGUAGUCAAUGACAAUCCCACUUUUCCAUUGGUCAGGGCAGUGACAGAGCCACAGCUGACUGUGCUAGCGAUCCCCAACAUACUGAAAUGGCACUCUCUGCUCCCAAAGCCAAUGAGCACAGAAGAGUUGACAAUGGCAACAAUCACCCGAUUGCAAAAAGAGACAGCAGAACACAUCAAGCGCAACCGAAGGAUGAUGCACCGUGCAAUUGCUGGAGCAGGUCAACAAUGCAGGCAGAGGAACAACCUCCCAUCCACCAGACCCAUCAACAUCCAGCAAAACGCAAGUACCUUGGCCAGAACACGGAAGCCCAAAUUGGACCCAGAGUACAGAGAGUUCAACUUUGUCCAGGAGCUCCGCAAAUAUCCACCCUCGACAUACUCUAUCCAAGGGUGCACUGUGCCAAAACCAUUCCAACUAUCUGAGAAAUGGAGCCAAAGGAAUGAGGCAGAGAAUGAGCCCUACGUGCCAAUGGCUGAAUUCAUUAACAGACUGGAAUAUCGGACUGGAGGAUGCUGCAAGCUGCUCAAGCACCAAGGGGCUCCAGGUACCACAUCCCUCCUGUCUCUUCACUUGUACCCCUCAAGAAAUCUCUUGCUUUGUAAAGAAACUACAUUCUGACCAGCACAGACCAUCCCAGCAACCUGGGAAAAGUGAGUAGAAGAGAACUAGGAAGGCAAUUCAGUGGUCUCUAAUCACAGGGUGCUGACUUGAUCCUUGUGUUGGUUGGAUUGCAUUUGGUCAUCUUUCUCUACUCCCAAUGUUUUGCAAGAGGUACAGCAUGGUUGGUGCACUUGUAAUGGGUCUGACUUGCCAACUAACAGUAUGCAACAACUAGAUGAAAAGUGAAGAAAACUACUUCAUAUUUAAAGCAGGUUUUGACUGCAGAGAAGUCAGCUUCUGAGCUCAUGGUAGUCAAAUCUCUAUCAUUUUAGCAACCCCAAGCCAUUUGGUUACCUAGAAACCAGUUGCAUGGUGGUUGGCAGGCAAAAAGAUUUUCAGUCUUCCUGAUCGCUAGUCUGUAGACUACUCACUUCCUGCUUGGCACCUGGAGGAGCAUCUCUACACAACCUUGGCUCCAAUGUAUCUUUAACAACUUUUUACUGUUCAAAUGCAUGCCAUGAGUGUCAAAUUACUCUUUUUAAAAUGCUACUGGUGUUCUCAUUCUGCCCACUUUUUUGAAAGUUCAAAACUAAUAGUCUUUGCACUCAGCUGUAAUGUAAGGCUUUGAAACCAUACCUCCCCAAAGCAUUAGCCCAAGUCUUUGGUUUACCAGUCCUGUAGCAUUACCACUAUGCCACCAUCUGCCCAUAAACCAUUGUGAUUAUUUUGUUACAGGAUUAGUAACAUUUCAACCUCUUGUGGGCAAAAGUUGAAAUUAAGCAGGUGAUGCAGUGCCUAAAAUACAACUAUCCAUCUACUAUCUGUCCUCAUGUGGACAACAUUGGUCAGACUCGAUGCCCAACCACAACUGCCCAGAGGCAGUUAGGAGUCCCACAUAGAUUUAGACCUAGUAAGACUGGCAGAUUUCCUUAAGACGGUAAAUUAGAUGGAUGUUCACCACAAUUGGUGGUGAAAUGGUUGUUACAAAACUUUUAUUCCAAUCAGAAAUCCUGAUGUUACCAUCAGCUGAGGAUUUGAUCCCAUGUCCUCUGAGCCAAAGUUUUCAGUAACGACAUUCCCAGCUAUGGUGCUAUCUCAACACCACCAUGUGAUAGGUCAUGGGACCAGAGUCACUUCAACUACCCCUCCCUCUUCCAGAAAGGGGAGCUCACAAAAAAAUCAUGGCUUCUUUCCUCCUGUAUCCCAAAACAUCUUGGAUUGCUGGGACCAGGAUGAAUUUCCAGGAUACUAAACCUAGGGGAGAAAGAUAUUGAAUAGGAGCUAAGCUGUCACUAACUUAGACUUGGGAGCAAAGGUCAGCCAUUCAACCCAUCCAGGUGUCUGUCUCUUUCAAUGAGACAAUGGUUGAUCUGCAUACUCCCCCCACAACAACACCACCUCCCAAUCCUCCACUUCAUCUGACUUUACACGCUCAAGGCCAAGAUGCAGGCUUUUAUUAAUGACCCAGCCUCAACAGCUUAGUGAAGAAUUGGGCAGAUUAACUCCAGAAAUUCUCAUCUGCUUUAAAAGGGUGACUCCUUUGUCCAAGACUCUCCCUAAUGGCAAACAGACUUCCCACACCUACCAUGUCAAAUCUUCCAGGAAUCUUUGUUUCAAGGCGUCCUCAUUUGGUAUUCCAAGUACAAGCCCAAUCUCCGGGCAGUUCCCCCUCCCUAGGAUCAGUCGUGACCUUUGUUGAGACAGCCUCAAGUCCAUGCAGCUUUUCUUAAGGAGUACAAGACAGUUCAGUAUUCUGUCUAGUGCCUGGUAUUAGCAAAUCUUCACUGACCUCCCCUUGUAAUUUUUCUGGUAUUCAUAGGAGCAAAAUGACUUCUGAAACAAGCCGCCAGGAUUGGGAAACUGUCUGAACUGUCCAAAGACAUCUUUUGCCAGUCAUGAUUCGUUGCUGAUUUGCAUUACCCAACUGGUGUGAGGAAACUUUUUUCAGCUUGAUUUUGCUCUUCAGCUCUAAUUCAAGUUUGCAAUUCUGUUUCUGAUACACCCCCUACAUAAUCAAUUGUCCCAUGUCCUGCCUCUCUCUGCAUACACUUAUGCUCUGUCUGAUCUACCAGUUGCUGACAUUUGAGUGGGCUAAAUGUCACUUAUCUGUGUAAUGUGACUUCUGCCAGACUUUUGGGAAGAACAUAUCAUCUGGCAGAUUUGACUCCACUUUUUUAAUGGACCUUCGUUUUGGAAGUGCUGGAAUAGCAACCAAGUCCCCAAGGAAGUUGGGAAGCAAGUGGACAGAGACUUAACCUAGUAAAUUUUGUAUGAUUUUAAAUGUUUGGAAUUUUAUGAAUAAAAGUUUGUCAUUGA